CUUCCUUUCUCUUCAAUUCCGCCUUCAUCUUUCGACGUCGACCUCUUCCUAAUAUCUUCCUAUGAUGUACUUCUCAUCGUCCAUUCUUUUGACAUCUAUUGUCAUUCCCGUCUCUUCCCUGGCCGUCCCUUUCAACACUUCUUCACCUGUCCCGCAAAAGAAACUUGGAGCAAUUCCAAACUCCAUUGUCCAACAGAAUGUUGCUCGCCAACCAUCUCUACCGAUCUUGGAGAUCGGUCUCAACCACAUCAUCAGCCAGAUCGGAGACAAUAUGACCCAGGCUGCGACUGAGGCCUUCAAAAACGACCAUCGACACCCUAGUGUUGGAUUUUCACGAUUUCUUCCUUUACACCAGCGAGAAUCUCCUGCUGCGUGUAGCCCCACAACACCAUGCGUUGAUGGCAGUUGCUGCAAUAGUGUAAGCUUAGAUACCUCCAUCUGUUGAUCAGAAGCUCAUAGCCUAUGUCAAAUAGGAAGGAAAGUGUGGCUUUACGCCCUAUCAUUGCACGAAAACAGCUGCAACUAGAUGCAUCUCAAACUGCGAUGCGCAUGCAAUGUGUGGCGUUGACUCUCUCAAUGGAUCCCAAAAGUGUCCACUUCAAAUUUGUUGCUCCUACUUUGGUUAUUGCGGGACUUCCAGUGUUUUCUGUCAGGGCACAGUGGCUGUAGAUCACAAACCUGGGGAGCCAAAUAUCACCUUUCCAUGCCAGGAGGGAUUCGGAAGUUGUCAAGUCGCCCCAACUCCAACUUGCAAAGAAAGAGAACAUUCAGCUUCAAAAGGAAGAAAAGUAGCCUAUUGGCAAUCAGGGUAUGUAUCACAUCUCGCCGCCUAUGUUGGGAAUCUAAAUUGUUCUUUCGCGAACACAAUUGGCCCUGUCAUUGAUUGUUUGAGCAAAUGUUGAGAAGUGGUAUACGAACGCCUCGAUUCUAUGAUAUUAUAUUGGAAAAUCAGCAUUCAGUUUUCUGCAUUACUGACUCGCUCUUAGAAACGUCAGAUAUCGCGGAUGUGACAAAGUAUACCCUUCCCAAAUCGAUACCACAGGACUUACCCAUCUUGUUUUCGCUUUUCUUUUCAUUGAUCCCAAGACAUUCAAAGUCACUCCAGUUGAUAACGCGGAUAUUCCAUUAUAUACGGAUUUUACAGCACUGAAAACACGUCACAUGCAAACAUGGAUUGCGGUCGGAGGGUCAGCUCUCACUGAUCCUGGCCCAACAUUUACAACAUUUUCAGACAUGGCAUCUACUCCGGAAAACAGAGCAGCGUUUAUCGCAUCCCUAUGCGAUUUUAUGGAAAAAUUUGGCUUUCAGGGCGUAGAUCUGGAUUGGGAGACACCAACGCUCUCAUAUCGAGGCGGAAAACAAGCUGAUUUUUCCAAUAUUGUAACGCUUGUGAAAGAGAUGCGAGCUGUCUUUGGGAGAAAAUUUGGAUUGAGCAUUGCAAUGUAAGAACUUCUGACCAUACCCUUCAGAUGAUGGUAGAAAACCAGAAAAUCAUUGUUUUGAUUAAUCUGAACUUUUGAGACCAAGUCAGAUUACAAAUCGACGUGUGGAACAGCUGCAGGGCACGCACACUAUUAUUGAAGAGCAUUUUGCGCUAACAUUUCUAUAGUCCUACGGAUUUCUAUGGUCUUUCCACGUUCGAUUUAGUUGCUAUGCAACCUAGUCUCGAUUUUUUCAACUUUAUGGCAUAUGAUAUUCACGGAUCCUGGGAAGCAAACCGUUUGGGGGCUCAAGUUCGAACCCAGGCUUCAAUAGUCGAUAUCAAUACCAAUAUCAUUCCUUUGUGGUUUGAUGGCGUGGAACCUGAAAAGGUCAAUUUGGGAAUACCAUAUUAUGGACGCGGAUAUACUUUAUCAAAUCGUUCUUGUACCGAUAUCAAUUGCCCUUAUUCUGGCCCAAAUCGAGGCGGAGCUUGCUCUCAAAGCGAUGGUAUUUUGACGCUGAAAGAGAUUCAAGAUUUGAUAAAGCAAAAGAACCUCACACCAAAAUUGAUUCCUGAUAUUAUGCAAAAAGAAAUCGUUUACGAUGGGGAUCAGUGGAUGGGAUAUGAUGAUGCUGAAACCAUCGCGUUGAAACUCAAGUGGGCUGACGAACAUUGCUUGGGAGGAACUGUUGCAUGGAGUAGCGACUUUAUUGCAGAGAAUGGAAAGUAAGUGGCUUACUUAAUCCAAACUUCCAGCAUAAUUGGAAAACAUAUGAUACUGACCUAAAUAGACCUUCUCCAACUCAAUCUCCACCUGCACCUUCAGUUGUUGCACCUCCGCCUGCUCCAUCAAAUUUAACACCGAGCGUAGACGGGUCAUGCGGAAAGUCAACAACUUGUCUAGGGUCGGCUUUUGGAUCUUGCUGUAGCAGCUACUCAUGGUGUGGAUCAGGACCUGAUUACUGCUCGAUUGAACUAGGCUGUCAACAGAAUUUUGGAACUUGUGGAUCUCAGCAAUCUCCUCCGCCUUCGUCAAUUAACGCGCCUCCUCCUUCAAAGUUGACACCAAGUGCAGAUGGAUCAUGCGGCAAUUCUACCACAUGUUUUGGGUCGGCUUUUGGAUCUUGCUGUAGCAGUCAUUCAUGGUGUGGCUCAGGACCUGAUUAUUGUUUAAUCGAACGGGGCUGUCAGCAGAACUUUGGCAUGUGUGGAUCACAACAAUCUCUACCACUUCCUCCACCCCCUCCACCCCCAGAAAGUACUUCUCCUCCACCGGACUUGAAACCAAGCGUGGAUGGAACCUGUGGGUUUUGGGCAACUUGCCAAGGAUCGGCUUUUGGGAAGUGUUGUAGCGGUCACUCAUGGUGUGGGAAUGGACCUGAUUUUUGCUCAACUGAAUCUGGCUGCCAGCCUCUUUAUGGCCAAUGUACUGGAGUUCCUCCAUCCACUCUCCCACUACCACCGCCUCCCCCGCCAGCUCCGGCGCCAUCACCUACCCAAACCACCCUCAAGACGAGCGUUGACGGAUCUUGUGGUAAGGGCAUAACCUGCUGGAACUCAGCGUAUGGUUCAUGCUGUUCUUCUCAUUCCUAUUGUGGAAUCACGGGUUCCCAUUGUUCUUUGGAUGAAGGUUGUCAAGCUGCAUUUGGAAGUUGCCAAAAGAAGAAUCAAAUUGUGAGCGUAGAUGGCAGUUGCAAUUCCGAGGUCACAUGCAAAGGCAGUCCGUUUGGCUCAUGUUGUUCGAAAUUUGGUUUUUGCGGGUCAUCGCCUGACUAUUGCUCUCCGACGAGUGGUUGUCAAUCUUCUUCUGGUAGUUGCCACAUCUAGAAUUUAGACGGCAGUGAGGGAAGAACGCAAAACUUGCAAGUUACAUUUGGGAUUGCUUUAACUUCUGCUAAUUAAAAAGUGUGGAG